CACAAACUGCGACGUGGCCGGCUUCUUCUGCCCGGGUGUGGACGUCACUUCCGCCGAAUCCCUGACCUGCUGCUAGGAUCGCGACGGGAACGGGAGCCCGAGGUCCCCGCGCGGACCGGGCCUGGCGCCCCGAGGGGAAGAGCAGCCCAGCCCGAGGGCGCUGGGGUGGAGACAUUGACUCCGGUCCCUUCCCUAGCCAUGACGGACGGGAUCCUAGGGAAGGCAGCCACAAUGGAGAUCCCCAUCCAUGGGAAUGGCGAAGCUGGGCAGCUUCCCGAAGAUGAUGGCCUGGAGCAGGACCUCCAGCAGGUGAUGGUGUCAGGACCCAACCUCAAUGAAACCAGCGUUGUGUCUGGUGGCUAUGGGGGCUCUGGUGAUGGACUCAUCCCCACAGGGUCUGGCCGCCAUCCAUCUCACAGUGCCACUCCUGCUAGCCCUGGAGAUGAGGUGGCUCGGGGCAUCGCUGGAGAGAAGUUUGACAUCGUCAAGAAAUGGGGCAUCAACACAUAUAAGUGCACAAAGCAGCUGUUAUCUGAGCGAUUUGGCCGAGGCUCUCGGACUGUGGACCUGGAGCUAGAGCUGCAGAUUGAGUUGCUGCGUGAGACGAAGCGCAAGUAUGAGAGUGUCCUGCAGCUGGGCCGGGCACUGACAGCCCACCUCUACAGCCUGCUGCAGACCCAGCAUGCACUAGGUGACGCCUUUGCUGACCUCAGCCAGAAGUCCCCAGAGCUUCAGGAGGAAUUUGGCUACAAUGCAGAGACACAGAAGCUGCUGUGCAAGAAUGGAGAGACACUGUUAGGGGCUGUGAACUUCUUUGUCUCUAGCAUCAACACAUUGGUCACCAAGACCAUGGAAGACACACUCAUGACUGUCAAACAGUAUGAGGCUGCCAGGCUGGAAUAUGAUGCCUACCGUACAGACUUAGAGGAGCUGAGCCUAGGCCCUCGGGAUGCAGGGACGCGUGGUCGACUUGAGAGUGCCCAGGCCACUUUCCAGGCCCAUCGGGACAAAUAUGAGAAGCUGCGGGGAGAUGUGGCCAUCAAGCUCAAGUUCCUGGAAGAAAACAAGAUCAAGGUGAUGCACAAGCAGCUGCUGCUCUUCCACAAUGCUGUGUCCGCCUACUUUGCUGGGAACCAGAAACAACUGGAGCAGACCCUGCAGCAGUUCAACAUCAAGCUGAGGCCUCCAGGAGCUGAGAAGCCCUCCUGGCUAGAGGAGCAGUGAGCCGCUCCCAGUCCAACCUGGCUGUCAUAAAGACACUGGGAGGGGCAGUCCCAGGGUGGGGGAGAUCGGACAUGGGAUAUCCCUUGCCACCUGCCCUCAGGCGUGGGCUCCUUUCCCCUUGCUGGGGCCUGACACCAGUUUUGCCCACAUUGCUGUGGGUAGGGAUGGGGCCUGCAGGCCUAGCAGUUGCUGCCCUGUCCCUUAUCUUCCUGGCCACUGGGCUUUGUUCCCAGAUCUUUUCCUUCCACUCCACAGCCAAAGGCUAUGACAAAACCACUCCCUGGCCAAUGGUAUUGCUCAGGCCUAUCCCCAGCUCCUGGGGUGUGCCCCCGACCAAUGGCAGAGCCUCAAAAGGCCCUGUCAGCCAAAGGCAGCUCUUCUUGGGCUCCCCUGGGCCAAUGAUGUUGCCUCCAGUACCCUUUGUCCCUCCUCUAUGCGUGCCCAUUGCAGAGAAAGGGACUGGGACCAAAGGGGUGGGAAUAAUGGGGAGCCCCAUUUCUGGCCCUGCAUCAGAAUGGGCAUCCCCUCACCUAUCCACCCAGUUUAAUUGUGCUUAGAGCCCUGGAAGAUUGGGACCUAGCACUAGGAAUAAACCUUUCAUAAAAGCAG